GCAGCUGGGUUCCUUUUCACUUUAGUGGUCGUGGGGCUUCCUACGCCUUCAGGGCUGGGUGCGGGGCCGACUGGCGCUGGAAGGGGGCAGUGAAAGUACGCGUUUGAUCCGGGACGCCGAGGAGCCUCUCGGGAGACACCUGGCUUGCCCCGCCCCCUCCCGGGCUACCGGGUCUGCGAGGCCGAUCGGGCUGUCCAGAGCCACGUCGCGACUGCUGGAACACAUAUAACCUUCUAUACAGAGGAACAGAGAUUGCCACCAUCCCCUUAAAUGCGUAAGCUACCUUGAUGUGUCCUUGGAAUCACAGGCCUAUUUCACCAUCAGCUCUACGGGAUGGAAGCCAUUAAUUUGUCCUGUGGCUUAUUUUCUAGGGGCCCCAUCUGCCUUCAUGAAGAAAAGACAGAGGCAGAAAGGAUGGUGGUUGAUGGCCUGACAAAUUGUUACCAGGAGUCUGUGACCUUUGAGGAUGUGGUUUUAGACUUCACCCAGGAGGAAUGGGCUUUACUGGACCAAACUCAGAGAAACCUGUACAGAGAGGUGAUGCUGGAGAACUACCAGAACCUGGUGGCUGUAGGAUGUCAGCUCAUCAAACCCAGCCUGAUUUCUUGUUUGGAGGCAGAAGAAGAGUUGAGGACAGUGGAGAGAGGUGUCAUCCAAGAAUGGGCAGCACUUCGACAGGAUGUGUUUUGGUUAAAAAUGACAAGUGGGAUACAACUGGCAAGUUGCCACAAUGGAGAGGAGCUGUAUGACUUUAAGCCACAUGGAGAAAUCUUCAAAGGACAUUCACACUUUCUGACAAACAUGGGUACUCAAAACAGAGGGAACACUUGGGAUUAUGAUCAGUUUGGAAAUGACUUUCCUACUCUGCACAAGGAAACUUCUGCAGAGAAACUCGCUGUGUUCAGUCAAUAUAGAAAAGAUUGCAGUGUGACUCCUAGUGGCGCUUAUCAGGCAACUUGUAUGCAAGCCAGAGCAUUUGAAUGCAGUGACUUUGGGCAAGCUUUUGUUAGUCAGUCUCACCUUCCGUCACAGGGUAGAAUUCACAGUGAGGACAAACUGUUCCAGUGGGAGCAGUGUGGUGAUGCCUUUAGCCACUCCAGGAGCCGAGGUACACAUGUGCAAACAUACACUGGGAAAAAAGCCUAUGAGUGUAAGGAAUGCGGGAAAAGUUUUAAAUAUUCUGCCAAUCUUAACAUUCAUAUGCGAACCCAUACAGGAGAGAAACCUUAUCAAUGUAAGGAAUGUGGGAAAGCCUUUUCUAGGUGUUAUCCACUAACUCAGCAUUUAAAAACCCACACUGAAGAAAAGCCCUUUGAAUGUAAGGUUUGUGGGAAAUGCUUUAGAAAUUCUUCAUGCCUUAAUGAUCACUUUCGAGUUCACACUGGAAUAAAACCCUACAAAUGUAAGGACUGUGGCAAAGCUUUCACAGGGCGCUCUGGCCUUAGUAAACACUUACCGACUCACACUGGAGAGAAACCAUAUGAGUGUAAGGAAUGUGAGAAAGCCUUCACUUCAUCCUCAGGCCUUAUCAAACACAUGAAAAGUCACACAGGAGAGAGACCCUUUGAAUGUGACCAUUGCGGGAAAGCUUUUGCUUCUUCUUCAUCCCUAAUUACACAUUUGAGAACACACACUGGAGAAAAGCCCUUUGAAUGUAAGGUAUGUGGGAAAGCAUUUACGUGUUCUUCUUAUCUUCGCAUUCAUAUGCGAACUCACACUGGAGAAAAACCCUAUGUAUGUAAGGAAUGUGGCAGAGCCUUCACUGAGCGCACAAGCCUCACUAAACAUUUACGAACACACACUGGAGAGAACCCCUUUGAGUGUGACAUGUGUGGGAAAGCGUUUGCAUGUUCCUCCUAUCUUCACAAUCAUGUGCGAACUCACACGGGAGAGAAACCUUAUGUAUGUAAGGAAUGUGGGAAAGCCUUCACUGUUUCCUCACACCUAAGUAAACAUGUAAGAAUUCACACAGGAGAGAAACCCCAUAAAUGUGAGGCAUGUGGGAAAGCCUUCACUGUGCGCUCAGGUCUCACUAAACACGUACGAACUCACACUGGGGAGAAGCCCUAUGAUUGUAAGGAAUGUGGGAAAGCCUUCACUACAUCCUCAGGCCUCAUUGAACAUAUAAGAAGCCACACAGGAGAGAAACCCUACGAAUGUGACCAAUGUGGGAAAGCCUUUGCUUCCUCCUCAUAUCUUAUUGCACAUUUAAGAAUCCAUACUGGAGAGAAGCCCUUUGAAUGUAAUAUGUGUGGGAAAGCAUUUACGUGUUCCUCCUACCUUCACAUUCACAUGCGAACUCACACUGGAGAGAAACCCUAUGAAUGCAAAGAAUGUGGGAAAGCCUUUACUGUUUACUCACACCUAAGUAAGCAUGUGAGAAUUCACAAUGGAGCAAAACCCUAUAAAUGUAAGGAUUAUGGGAUGGCCUUUAGUAGUUCUUCUCAUCUUACUGAGCAUAGAAACACUGGCGAGAAACCCUUUGGAUGUGAGGAACGAGGAAACUGCUUUAGGAAGCCCUCUUGCCUUAAAUACGUUCAGAUUCACAGUGGCAAGAAACCUUAUCAAUGUAAGCCAUGUAUAAAGUAUUCAUCUGUCACAGUUCACAUCAAAGUCCUGGAAGAACUCACAUUCCAAGCUGCCCCAUGAUCUUAAGAAGUGUGGGGAAGUCAUCAGAAGCUGCUCACAAUCCAACAUGUAAGAACUCAUCUUGAAGCUGUACCAUGUCAGAAACAUAGAAAGCUGUCAACUAUUUUUUGGGAUCUCCUGUGGAGAGAAACCUUAUAGAUAUAAGAUAUGGAAAAGUUGUAGUUCUGCUAAGUGUUCUGAUGGUCACCUACGAUACCCAAUGGAGAAAGAAUUCAUGAAAGUAAAAAGUAUUUGCAAGUCAUUUUUUAUAUUACAUUAUUCUUCAAUUUUUAAUAAACGUGAUAUUCACACUUAAGAGAAGUUGUUCAUCUAUGGGAUAUGAGAAUUGCUUCCCUGGAUCCUGAAAUGCUGUUGGAGAUGUGGUUUUCUUUGUGGCGGUAUAGAUUUCUUUUGAACAUUUGGCAGUUUCAGUAUUUCAAAUAUUUUGAAUAUUUGUGUACUCUUAUGACUUUUCAGUUUUAAAUGCUUAAUUACUGCUCUUUUACUUUUUCUCCAAAUAUUACUGAGAUAUGACUGAUAACUAAAAUUGUAUAUAUUUAGGGUAUAGAAUCUGAUGUACAAAAUAUGUUUGUGAAACGAUUACUACAAUCAAGCUAAUUAAAAUGUCCCUUAUGCGA